AUGAAUGCUGUCACGUAUUACGGCGAACUGGUGAACUGGGUUUUGAGCCAUGUCACAGACGCUGACAUGUUCAUCGUACAGUCCGCAGUGACUUGCUGCGCGCUCUUCUGGCUCCUUCAUCGCGCAUGGCUCACCCUGUGGAAGCCCGUUCCCGAGCUCAUAAGCAUCCUGGGCGUGGAGGUCCCAGAUGCUCCAGCAGUAUCACUCGCGGGGAUCAAGGCCGAUGCAGUCACUCUUCACUGGACACGGCCUGGUGCAAACAAACCUGUGAUCAAGUACUUGAUCCAGGUCAAUGGAGUCAACGUGGGGGAAUCUUCGCGUCUAGAGACCGCUAUCACUGUUACGGGCUUGAAACCAGGACACUUCUACAAUGUCCGAGUCAUCGCUGUCGGGUCAAACAAUUUUCAAGCUGGGAGUGGGGUUAUACGUCUGAGGACAUACGGUCGCGAUGGCCGUCCACAGCUAGCUAACAGUCGUAUGCCUCCAAACCUCUCCAUCGAAGAUCAACACAAUGGUUCGGAUAGCGGGGAUGAGUCGCAGGGAGCGCGAGGUCAGGUCAUUGGAGUCGAAGCCGCUGCUGCCCCGGAAGGUGCGCAGGUUAUGGCUCGAGAGUCCAGCGGCCCCCAUCCCGCCCCGAGGAGAAAUACGGGUGGUAGGAGACAUUCUCCAUCGAACACAGCGGUCGAUCACUCAGCUCUGGCAAAUAGCGUCUCAAACCAACCGGAAGAGUCUAUGCAGCAGUUGACAGAGCGGUUUGAAGCGAUCCGGAGGGAGAUAGAGGAAUUGACGGCGCAGAUUUCAAAGGAUGCGGAGGAGUUUAAGUCCCAAAUGCUUGAUUUAAUGAAAGAGAGGGAUGAGAAGAGGCAGGCAUUAAAGGAGAAGGAAGAGGCAAGCGAAAAGCUCAAGAAGGAGGUACAUUAUUCGGAGCGGGCGAACAGACAAGCGCAGAAUCGGAAAACGCAAAAGGAGAAGAUCCUACGGGAUAAGCAAGCUGAGAGGGCUAAGAUGCAAGAUGAUAUGGUGAGGUGGAAGAAGGAGAUAGAGGAUAUGAAAGCAGAGCGAGAAUUGUGGAAUGAAGAGCGAGAGAAGUUGAACGCCGCGAAGGAGGCCAGAGCUGAAGAACUCCGAGCAACGAUCCGCAAACGACAGAACUCACUAAACGGGUUGGAAGAGGAGAUCCGAGUGAAAGGGCUGCAAAUCAAGGAGCUUGAAGAAGAGCGGAAACAUCUUCCUGGAGGUCAAGACGAUGAAGAGUCACGGGAACGUGAUGCUGCUGAGGCGCAGAGUAAUAUUGAGUGGGAGCUCAAAGAGAGAGAAUUGACCACCCAACUCCAUAACCAGUCUUUGCACCUGCGGCAGCUUCAAGCAGAGUUUCACGGCCAGCAGGCUCUUUUCGCUGCUAUCAGCGCGCGUCAAGCCAACAACCCGCUGAUGUACCAAGGGAGUUCAUCUGCUUUGGAGCUCGACCCAGUCGGUGGUCAAGUCAAAGCAAAAUCGCGCCGAAGUCGAAAUCGCAAGAGUCGAACCAGCACCAUUUCCUCCCCUAUUGCUGGCUAUCCAAUCACUGACUCGCCGUUUCCAAGCGCGAGUGCAUACAACAAUCUAAAUGGCGCCUCUUGCUCUGCUUUUGCACCCGGGCCUUACUUCGAUCUUAGCAACGAUACUGCAAUGGUGCCACUUUCGGAACACAAUAGUGGUAUGAGCGACGUAGACUUGCGUGCAUUCACGGUUGGAGCACCCCUGAGCCCGACUGCAACUGCAUUAUUGCCUUCCAACAUCUUUUCAGAUGAUGAUCCUCCAAGCCCCCGUGCUGAAUCCUCCGGCUCGUUCGGUCCUGCUCUUCAUGGCAACCAGGCUUCCACAAAUCACGACAACGACCCACAAUCUCCAGGUUCUUCAAGCCGCUCAGCUAGUAUCAUGUCCAGUCCCCGUGAAUCCUCACAUGCAGUUUUUGGCGUAUCCGGCCGCGAACAUGCAUCAGAGAAUGAUCGAAGAUCCACGAACUCGCCCAGGACAGACUACGGCGCAAUUGGAUCCCCUAGUGGUUCCGAUCGGGCCCCCGCUCACAAAGGCUUCGGAAACAUUUUUGGUUUUCCAAGAGCUCGUGGUAAGACAACAGUGCAAGACGAUGGGCCUGCUCUAGGAAGCCUCAAACAAGGCCAAAGUCAAUCGUUUCCACGUUCUACGGAGGAAGCGGAAGCGAUCGCUAAUAGACCUCGCCGCAUCAGCUUCUCUUCGGGCUGGAAUGUCAUGCCAAGCUUUCUGUCGCGCAACUCGCCGGCUGGAGAGCUUAGCACAGGCAAUGCUCCAGCGCCAGCACGCAAUGCUGCGGCGAGAAGAAGACGCGGGUUCAAUAUGUUUAGCUCGAGUAUAGACGAUCCCGCGACUCUGUUUUCUGAUCGCGAUCCUGGCAGUCCUCGCCCUGUGUCAACUGCUUCUUCUGACCUUCCUCGGCCAUCGACAGAUAGUGCACCCUUUGGUUGGCCUGCCGCCGAUGGCAAUGUCAUGAACAGGAAUAGUCCGCUUGCCACUAACUGGUCUAUCAAUGUUUCUCAAGCGUGGUCUAGAAACCCAUCGAGGAGAACCAGUAUGCAGCAUGGCUCCAGCUCGGCGUUGACAGGCGGAAUUGCGAGUGAUGACGACGAGUUCUUGCCCUCAGACACCUUGGCUUGCCAGUCAAGCCCACCACCCGUUGGCGUUAUUGGGACUCGCCCGCCUUCAUCUCACAAGCCCAUCACACCCAAACUCAACCCAGCAGCGCCAACGUUCAAAGCCAUGUUUAGCCGCACUUCCAAGGCGGAUAAAGCGAAGGCCAAAGAAAAGGCUGCUGAAGUACCCGCUCCCUCCGAGGAACGUCCGCAGACCGCUGAAACCUCAUCACCUACCGAAUCAAGAAAGUCACGCGAUACUCGUUCAAUUCAUACUCAAAACAGCAUGGCUGAGUCUCACGAGAGCUUGGAGAGAACCUCAAGCAACACGCCUUCCGAUUUGGCGAUCCCGGCAGUUUCUGGCGGGAAAGACAAGGAGUCAUCUUUGAGACAGCUCCUCCGCAAGGGCAGUUCCAGCAAGUUUAGCUUGUCCUCUAUCCGCGGAAAGGACUCUGCUCUCUUUGGCGGGAGGAAAGGAGGCAGCAGCAGCGCCGCAAACUCAGACCACAAUGCCGCCGUCGAGCGUGACGGUAGCAUUGACGAGUACAGCGAGGACGCACUAGGCCGCAGUGUCGAGAGCGUAACCAGCAGUUCCAUGAUCGGCAGCCUCGGCUCCUCGGCCGAAGGCAAGGGCAAGGAAAAGGAAAAGGAAGCCGGGACGACGACGACGACCCCGAAGGAGGGCCGGAUCAACUGGGGCCGGUUCGGACUGAAGAAAGAUAGGACCAAGGGAGGUCGGGAGAGCGUGGAUCUACGGGAGAGCUUGGAUGUGGACCGCAGCGAGGCGGAGACGACGGAUGAUGGUGCCAUGUAA